UCUCUCACAACAGCCACAGAUAGAGAGAGAGAGACCGUGAAGAACAACACACUUCAUUCCCUACAAGUCGUAGUCCUGCAGUUACCUUGGUUGGUUAUGGAAAAUGAAGCUGAUGGAGGAGGGAAUCGACCGACAAUCAUGGUCACUAACGACGAUGGAAUCGACGCCCCAGGCCUCCAAGCUCUCGUUCGCGCCCUUGUCUCAACUAAUCGAUUCCAACUUCUAGUUUGCGCCCCUGAUUCGGAAAAAUCAGCAGUUAGUCACAGUAUUACUUGGCGUCAUGCUCUGUCAGUCAAAAGAAUGGAUAUUGAUGGAACUCUUGCCUCCUAUGGAGUAUCUGGAACUCCUGCGGAUUGUACUUCACUGGGCAUCUCUGGAGAACUCUUUCCUACUGUUCCAGACUUGGUGAUUAGUGGCAUUAAUAAGGGAAACAACUGCGGUUAUCACAUUGUCUACUCAGGGACUGUUGCUGGUGCUCGCGAAGCCUUUUUCUAUGACAUACCUGCUAUCUCUAUUUCAUAUGAUUGGUCUAUGGGUAAGAGCAAAGACGACGAUUUCACGCUGGCUGCUCAAGCAUGCUUACCGAUUAUAGGUGCUAUAUUGGCGGAUAUCAAGAAUAAAACGUACCCCACAAACUGUUUCCUGAAUAUAGAUCUGCCUACCAAUGUAGAAAACCAUAAGGGAUACAAAUUAACAAAGCAAGGAAAGACUUUUUUCAAAUUGGGGUGGAAACAGGUGGCUUCUGAAGCAGAGGGAGGAAAUCUACUAUCAACAAUGGCUAUGGAAGCUAAUCCAUCUUUAACACCCAAAACUGAUGAUGCCAAUGCCAAAUCAGAAGAACGACUCCUGUUCAAAAGAGAUCUAAAAGGAUCGCAAACAGAAGAUGGUGAGACAGACCAUAACUCCUUGAAAGAAGGAUAUAUAACUGUUACUCCUCUUGGUGCUUUAUCUAACGCAGAGAUAGACUCACAAAAGUAUUUUAAAGAGUGGUUGCCAAUCGUGGCAGAGCGUUUUUCAUCUUCUGCUUUGUGAGUGAUAUAUAGUAAGUUUCAUUCUUCAUCUCAAGUAUUGAUUAUUUGCUGCAAUCUGUAGAAAAACAGAUGUUAAGUUGGCCUAAAACAGCACAUUCACAAACAUUUUUCUGGUUUUUCUGGUUUAUUUUUAAUAAUUAAGGGAUAUUAACCCUUAAGAUUGUAUCUCACGGGAAAAAUAAAAUGGCCUAAGGUGUGAUUCAUAAUUGUAGGGAUAUGAUUCUAAAAAAUUACUUAUUUGAGUUUUUUUUGCCAUAAAUCA